GCAAACAAUACAAUAUUUGUUUUUACUCCGGAAAAUUGCUAAAAAAUAUGUUUUUCCCAUACCCUGACCACGUUACCGGUACUAUCAUUCAUGGUUUGCUGCUUGUCUGGUGUUGAGGGCUCAAUGAUAACCUCGCUGAGUUGGAAGCGAUGGAGGGUGGAUGUGAUAGGAGGGGGCGAGUUGAAUCGUAUGGGACGCGGUGGCAUCGUGGUAAAACCCGCGAGGCAUUGGAUCUUGUUGCCGCAGCAGACGGAUCAAACUUCGGAUCGGCGGCAACCGCUGGAGGAAUGGCAGGUGUCUCGUGGCGGCCACGACGUCUUGCCCGUCCGUAUACGGCAGCAGCAUAUUCGGCGGGGUGAAGGCUGCAGCUGCAGUGGUCGCAUGGCCGAGCUUGAGACGCCGCAGCUUGCUGUCUCGCUUGCGUUGGUUGGCGUUUUGCUUGUCGCGGUGGUACGCACACAGCGAGUGCAGUUUGCCGUUGGGCUUGACGGUGCGAUGAUUGGAGCACUUGCCCACCGGCGCGUACAUGCACAGGUCGGACAGGUGGGGAGGUUUGGGAACACGCUUGGACGGCGGCGGCGAUGUCGCCGAGAGGACGUCUGUUUCACGGCGCAUGAUGCAAUCCCCAAAUGAGAUCACUCGACGAUGGUG